AUGAACGAUUUGGGGCACAUUUUCCAGAAACAACUGGAAAAAAUAGAACGUAUCGAAUUGUUCUUGAAUAUCUACAAGUGCAAGGACCUCGUGGAGGACGAUUUGCGUGCAGUGCGAAAGGAUGGGCGAGAAGCGGCCGACCGGGUUUACCGCGCCAAGGAGUAUCUGGAGGGAGAUCGAUCGCAGAAGCUGUUCCACUAUGCGGAAAUCAUGAAAAAGAUGCGGCGUAAUGAACGCCUCAUGCUGCACCUGUUGGAAAUUACAGCUGGGCAGCAAUCGAACAAGGCAACGACUGUUGAACCAUCCGAAACACCCUUAGCGAAACAGCUUCCGCUUAAGGAGAAUAACGGCCAGGGCGGAAUUCCAUCGAAAAUGCAUCUGCAGGAUUACUCAAAGUCUCCGUUCGUUUCGCGGACGAAAUCCAGAAAGAUGAAGUUCUACGACUUUGAGUGCGAAAUCACGGAGGGCCAGUUCGAAACCAUACCCAAGUACUUGCGUGGCAGAAUGCAGCUGGCGGAGUUGCAGCAGUUUUUGGAGACGGAAAUUGUGAAGUGCUUCGAAGAGAAGUACACGCUGAUAUACAAGACGCGGAAAGCGAUCGUGAACCAACAGGAGCUUGCCAUUUGGAGCGAGUAUAAUCUCUUGCAGAGCAACUUUCCCGAUCAAACGUUCAUCACCCAGGAAGACAUUGCCAGGAAAAACGGAAAGCUGUUGGACAAGAAGAGCUACAUCAAACUGCAAAUGCUACGCCAUCUCCACAUUCUGCAGGAAGCUCGUCACGAAGGGAAAGUCUACUUUCUUUGGAUAUACCAACGGAACGCAGUUUAA